UCUACCCAUCAUGGCGACGUUGACUCGCGCCUCGCAAAAAUUAUUAAAAAACGCGAAUUUUUCGCAAGUAACCGCACGUAAUAUUAGUUUUGUGAAUAGAAAUAAUUACAGAAAUGUGUGGACCACCUGUGCUUGUGUUGUUGGUGCCGGUGUUUUGUUCUAUGCUGCUAAAAAUAGAUAUGGAAAGCACACCGUUUACGCGCUUAAAGUGAAGCAACCGGACGAGCUAGCGAGAUCCGUGAAGCUGACGUCACGCGAGAGGCGCUUCAUCAAGUUCGCGAGCGUGGAGCACGGCGGGCAGCUGUAUAUGACGCCGCAGGACUUCCUCGAGUCGGUGGUGGAGCAGGAGCCGCGCCCUCGUCUGAAACGUCGCGUGCUCACUAGUAAGGAGAUCGAGCAGCUGCGAGAUCAAACGCCGCCGCUGAAAAAGGGCAGCUCGCAGAUGUUCAGAAACAUGAGGGACAGAGGAAUAAUAUCGUACACUGAGUACUUGUUCCUGUUGUCGAUUCUAACAAAGCCAGCGUCCGGUUUCCAAAUAGCAUUCAACAUGUUCGACACUGAUGGUAACCAGCGUGUUGAUAAAAACGAAUUCCUAGUCCUGCUUUCCUUAGUUUCGACGAGUUCGCUCAAGAACCGGAUCAAUCAAGGCGAGGACAAACCUAAACCGUCAGUUAUGGAGAAGAUAUUCAGUUUCGCGUGGCGCGACAAGCGUGGUAUGUCCGAAGAGGUUCCUGGGGGAAAAGAAAUGCCAGACGCGUAUGAUGACCAGGGCCUUCAGAGGAGGCACAAUGUGGAUACUAUGCUGCAGGUACAUUUCUUCGGAAAAAAGGGCAACAGUGACCUGAAGUUCGAAGGUUUCCGGCAGUUCAUGGAGAACCUUCAGACCGAAGUACUGGAGCUGGAAUUCCAUGAGUUUUCUAAAGGCCACGAAACGAUCUCCGAAGUAGAUUUUGCGAAGAUCCUCCUACGAUACACGUAUCUAGACACAGAUGAAUACGACAUGUAUUUAGACCGACUUUUAGAUAGAGUGAAGUAUGGAAGAGGAAUCUCUUUCCACGAGUUCAAGACUUUCUGCCAGUUUUUGAACAAUUUGGAGGAUUUUACGAUUGCUAUGCGCAUGUAUACGCUCGCUGAUCAUCCGAUAUCGAAGGAUGAAUUCCACCGUGCAGUUAAGAUAUGUACCGGUAUAUCUCAAUCGGAGCACCUCGUGAGCACAGUGUUCGCCAUCUUUGACGCGGACGGCGAUGGGCUGCUCAGUUAUAAGGAGUUUAUCGCUAUUAUGAAGGACAGACUGCAUAGAGGGUUUAAGUCAUACGCGAAGAACGAAGGCUGGGAAGCGUUCAAGUCUUGUGUGAAACAAGAAAUGAAGAGUGCCGUUUAAACCUCAAUAUUUUGUUUGGAACAGAGAAAAUAAUGGAGUAGACAGAUGUUAAGAUUUGAUGUAUGUAUUGGAAUAAGGGUCA